UCUUCAGAAUCAUUUUGCACUGAUAUAAAUGGAAACAGUAUCAAAAAUGGAGCUUCUUUUGUGCCAAAGCCAAAGGAGGACAAUUUUUGUCUGCAUUGCACCUGUAGUUUUGGCCAGGCCGAAGAUUGUAUUAAAGCAGAAUGUGCGAUUCCAACAUGCAAGAAUUACAAACCUGUUCCUGGGAAAUGCUGUUCCUAUACAUGUCCUUCAGGUAAAGAGAAAUACUAAAUGUAGAGAUCAAACUAUACUGUAUCCAGGGUCACUUUUUCGAAAUGCAUCAGUUAACUAUUUUCCUGUAAUCCAAUAAUUGGAUUACAGGAAAAACCACCUAGAAAAAGUUGACCAAUAAAAUAUUAUUGGUCAACUUUUUCUAGGUGGCCCUUGUUACAGUAGUGGUACUAUUAAACUUGCAGUUAGAUUGAGUUGAUUUUUAUUUUUGCUUGCACAAACCUUGUGAUUCUGAAGCUAGGGACAUCUCAUACACCAUCAUCCUAUUAUUUUUUUAAUAUGCUGUGGGACGAAAUUGUGGCUUGUUCCACUCACUUGAGAGCUUCAUUUUUGUGGUGAAAGUUGUGAGGACGGCUUGUGUUGAGCCUAUGCUGUAUGUCGCAUUGUGCUUGGAAUCUUCAAUGAUCUUCCAAAUUAAGUUGCAAUUCCUAAUCGUAAGACAACCUUUAAUUAAAUGAUAAAAAAUAGGGCAACUGAAAAUAUGUCAUGACAUCCUUGUUAAAUUAUUUGAGUUGUGAAAUGCAUUUGAAAAUUUCUACUUUUCUUUUUGAACAGGUGCAAAUUCAGAGGCUGCGGAGUUAGCGAUUAUCAUCAGUUUAUCCGUGGGACUCUUACUACUGCUUAUCCUCCUCAUAGUUGUCAUUGAUAGAAAUCGGAAGAAAAAUCAAAGAAAUCAGACAAGAAAUGAAGUGCUGGAACAGUCACAAAAUUUAAGGCCA